AAAUACGAUAUAUUGCGCCAUGUCGAAAUAGUGCUAUAUUCAGUGGAUUGACAGAAGGUUCAGGUUGGCUUUGGAUGUCACCAUGUUAAAAACAAAUACCUCCGUCACACCAGAUUUGGAUUUAGUAUACAAGAAAUGGGAACAGCGCACCCCAACUACACCAAAUCCUAAACCAAGAGAGGUAACUGGACAGCUGACAAACCGAAUUUUGAGUGAGGGAAGACAACGCUGGAGAGAAAAGUUUGGUGAUAGUGUACGACCAGUACGUCACAGAAAAGUUCGAGAGAGGAGGAGAGCGGCACCAACUCCUACAGAUUCUAUUGCCUCCAGAGUGAUAGCCCAAUUUAAGAGCACACCAAUUGUGACAGCAGAUUCACUCAGAGUUGUCCGCCCUUUCAUGGGUCAGUGCUGUGCUUGUCUCCCAGAUAGCAAGAUUGAUCUGAUAUCGAGUACCACGGCCAGCCAGGGUAUCAGGGACAUUCUCAAUGUAAAGACAGAACUAAGGUCUGGUGGCUUCCUGGAGACUUCAUUUGACCAGCUAGUGUACAGUCUGAGGAGAAAGACCAUACACAAGUAUCCUGAUGUAUCACUGUCUGUCCUUACCUGUAACAGGGUUAAAGAAGCUGUGCUUCAGCAUUCUGAAGAGGAUGAUGUUGUGGGAAAGGUACAGUCAGGAGAUGUUGUGGCCAAGGACCUGCUUAGUGGAAUGCAGGCAAAAAUCUCCAAUAGACUUCUACGGUUGGCUGGCUGGUUCCUGCUGAAGUUCCUCUCUUACUUCCUACAUGGUGUCCAGAUCCACAAAGGACAGCUCGAGAUGGUGCAGAAAGCUGUCGCGAGAGGAACCCCGGUGAUCUACAUUCCUCUGCACAGGAGUCAUCUUGACUACAUACUGGUGACCUUUGUACUCUGGAACUACAGCAUCAAGGCCCCCUACAUCGCUGCUGGCGACAAUCUCAGGAUGCCAAUAUUCAGCUCCCUCAUCACAGGACUUGGAGGUUUUUUCAUCAGACGUAAACUGGACAAGAAGAUCGGUAGAAAAGACAAGGUGUAUCGAGCAGUACUUCACUCUUACAUGCAGGAGUUGCUGAAGAGAGGCGAGGCACUGGAAUUCUUCAUAGAAGGUGGACGCUCCCGAACAGGAAAGGCAUGUCAGCCGAAAGGGGGGCUGGUAUCUGUUGUUGUAGAUGCACAGCUUAACGAUGUGAUGGAGGAUGCUUACAUUGUACCUAUAAGUAUUAACUAUGAAAAGAUUCUGGAUGGAAACUUUAAUCGAGAGCAGAUGGGCCUACCGAAGGUAAAGGAGACGUUUAUUGGCACCAUCAAGGCUAUAUGGCGGGUCUUCUGUAGUGACUUUGGUAGUGUAAGAGUGGAGUUCUGCCAGCCUUUCUCCCUCAAGGAAUACCUUGUAAAGAUCCAGCCUCCACAGCCCUCCCCUCCUAAUAGUGGUAGUGACUUGUCUGGGCAGGACAGUCCUCCAGAGUCUCCCCCUCCUAUCCACAAGGCCGGCAGUGUUAGCUCACUGUUUGGGACAGACAUUAUGGUGGAAGAUCAGCGCCAUGCCAUCAAACAGUUGUCAGAACAUAUUGUACACACUUGCGUCCACGCCACCCCAGUGAUGUGUACCAAUAUGGUGGCUUUUCUUCUCCUCACAAAACACAGGGAGGGCACAACCAUGAAGCAACUGAUACAGGACUUUGAUUGGCUGAUGCAUGAAAUGAAGAGUCGUAACCGUGAUGUGGCAUUUAUAGGAAGUUCCAGCCAGGUCACUUAUUAUGCCUGCGCUCUUUUGGGAUCCAGUUUGAUUAAAAUAUCCAGCUCCAAUGAAGGUGAAGACCAAGUGAUACCAACAUUAAGUCUACCUACAGUGUUUGAGUUGAGUUACUACAGCAACACACUGGUGUCUGCCUAUUUACUGGAGAGUGUGUUGGUUUGUUCUGUGAUAUACCACUGUGAUAUUGGAUUGUUUGUACCGAGCCAAUCACAAACUGCUGAUGUGAUGUCUGCCUCCACCGAUGAUAUCCUGGACACAGCCUCGGAGAUAUGUAAACUGCUCAGAUAUGAAUUCAUAUGUAUUCCGCCGUGUGACAAACUUGAAGAAACACUUCUUGAAACUCUACAUCAUCUGAUCUCUCGUGAACUCUUCAAAUACCGGGACCAACAGACAGGUUCAAACCUUGACCUUGUCAAUGCUCGUAUGUCAAAGCAGUUUGCUGAAGUGGGCUGGGAGGACGAAGAGUUGGAUGGAGAAAUAUUCCAGGAGCAGUUUAUUAAGGCUAACAUGGAGAGGCGGGACUGUGUAGAGAACAUGGUAUUCCUUCACCACAUACUAGCACCAUUCCUCGAAUCAUACCUCUUGACUGCCCGCCAAAUCAACACAAACCUCAAAACAGAGAUGCCAGAGGAUGAUUUCCUGCAUAAUGUACAUGCUUGGGCAAAGACCAGAGUAGAGAAAGGAAUCGCUGGUUAUGCUGAGAGUGCUGCUUUUGAAUCUAUAAAGAAUGCCUUGAAAGCAUACCAGGACGUUAAGGUAAUAGACUGCUACUAUGCUGGCAAUAUUCGGAUGGUGGAGGUCAGAGAUCACUUUGAAGUUCAGGACAAAGUCAAUAAUUACAUUGGCUUAUUGGAGAGUCUACAGGAGUGAAUAUGCAUCACAAAGUGUGGGUUUACAGGUUUUACCUUGAGUGAAAGAAUAUAUGCAGCUGAUGAGGUUUCAAGGGAUCAAGUCAAAGAGCAAAGGAUCUUUGUGGAAAGAAUAUAUAUCUAUUUAAUUAGAGAAACAAGUUUUAAGGAUACUUAUAGAACAAAUGUAAAAGAAUACACGUAGAUGAUCAGUUGUUCGAAGAUCCUUGGAGAAAAGAUAACACCUGUUAUUCAACAGUUUGAAAUACUUCUAUGUGAUAAUACUCGUGACAAACUUCCAAACCAGAGAGAAGAAGAUUGCAGUUUUGCAUGAAAGUGCUCUUGGGAUGAGACAUCACCAAUAUAUUGUGCUUAAUCCAGUUUUUGUGUGAAUGUGUUGCAAGAAAAUGUUUUCUUGCAUGAAAACUGAAAACAUGUACACACAUUUAAGUGUUUGUGAUAUGUGUAAGAAUUAUAUCUAGCUGUGUUAGGAUCAGAGACACUGAAGCUUAAUCUCACCAAUGUUGCCAAGCACAUAAACAAAAAUAUUCUCUUCCGCUGCUUAGCGGUGUCUAAAAGGG